AUGUGUUUCGAUCCCCAAGUUGUUGCCUGUUCAUGUAGAAUUACCAUUCAGGCUGACUGUGUACUUCACGAUGGUGCUCCCAAUGUUGGUCUGAAUUGGGCUCAUGAUGCCUUUCAACAGAACUGCCUCGUUCUGUCGGCUUUAAGGCUGGCCACGCAAAUACUCAGGAAGAAUGGUACAUUCGUUACUAAGGUGUUCCGCUCGAACGAUUACUCGUGCCUGAUUACGACUUUUGAAAAAUUGUUCAAGAAAGUUCAUGUGUGGAAGCCUGCUGCUUCUCGUCUGGAGUCUGCUGAGAUUUUCGUAGUUUGUGAGAAAUAUCUGAAGCCACCAAAGGUUGCCCCAGAACUUCUUGACCACAAAAAGGUGUUUUCGGAGCCCGAUGGCCAUGAGGCACAGAAACAGAAUCCUCAGACUCUCCUUGUUGGGAAGAAGGAAAAGAAGGCCAGAGCUGAAGGCUAUGAAGAGGGAAUGCUGUCCGUUUAUAAGAAAGUCGAUGCCACGACAUUUAUUCAGACUCAUGAUUAUUUGGAACUGUUAGGUAACGCCAGUGAGAUAGUUCUGGAUCAGGAUAAAUGGAAAGAGCCCCCUGAAACAACUGAGGAGAUUCGUGAAUACUUGAAAGAUUUGAAAGUUUGUGGUCCACGUGAGCUACGGAAGCUGUUAAAGUGGAGAAAAGCAAUGAGGGGAAUUCUUGAGCAGGAGCUCAAGGCUCUUGAAGAGUAA